UGGUUUUCAUCAGGUACUCUAAAACAGAGCGACAGUAAAUAGAGAGAGUGAGAGAGAGGGAUAGUGAUUGAGAGAGGAAGAGAGAUGGCAAGGUGGUGUAUCAUGGUGAUUCUUGCUCUUGCUGUAGUCCACACUACAGCAAGAACUGUGCCAAGUGAUGCUGGCCUCGACGACCAAAAGAACUUCGUCUCAUUCGGUGGGGUUGGCGGCUAUUCCGGACUUGGCGGUAAUGGACUUCCCUUUGGUGGAGUUGGUGGAGCUGCUGGGAUUGGUGGAGGACUUGGAGGUGGAGGUGGAGGUGGCUUAGGUGGAGGACUUGGAGGUGGAGGUGGCUUAGGUGGAGGACUUGGAGGUGGAUCUGGCUUAGGUGGACUCGGUGGUCUUGGUGGUUUGGGUGGUAUUGGUGGUGGUGUUGGCGGUGGAGCCGGUGGUGGCGCUGGAGGUGGGAACGGUGUUCUUCCAUUCCCUUGAGCUUGAAGUUUGGCAUUUAAAUUUAGCUUAUGAUCUACGACUACUAGUGUUUUUAACUUAUUUAGUGUGUUGGCAGUUAAGUUAGUUGUGUGAGAACGAUAUGUCUUAGUACUUUGUUGUGUUUCCUUAUGUCUACGUUCGUAGUCAAAAGACUCAAAAAUAAUAGCUUGUAAAGUGUUUCCAUUUGUAGCCUUUGAGUUACUUAGGUUUUUAUGGCCUUGUAACGUUUCUGCAUUCAAACAUUAUCGAAAUACGUACAUUGCGUUGUGUGACA